GCAGUGAUCGCAAGGCUGCUACAAGACAGGAGCACCUCCUCACUGCCUGGUUUCCUUCCCAGAGCCCUGAGGUUUUCAAAGCAACCACAAUGAACAAGUUCCUGUGCUGCACGCUUGUGUUGUUGGACAUCUCUGUGAAAUGGACUGUUCAGGAGACUAUCGCUGCUCCCAAGCAUCCCUAUUAUGACCGUAGGACCAGACGCCGGUUGAUGUGUGACCAGUGCCCUGCUGGGACUUACGUCAAAAAGCCCUGCACUGCGACAUCACCGACUGAGUGUGCUCCGUGCCCAGAAGGCCAUUAUGAAGAUGACUGGAACUUUGAUGAUGAAUGCUACUACUGUAGUGAGUUUUGCCGGGAGCUGCAGUUUGAAGUGCAAAAAUGCACCAGUACCCAGAAACGCAUCUGCCAAUGUGUUGAAGGGCGGUACUUCGAACUAGAAUACUGCGCAAGGCACACAAAAUGCCCUCCAGGGUUUGGAGUUGUUGAGAAAGGUACCCCUUGGGCCGACACUGUUUGUGAGAGGUGUCCAGAAGGUUAUUUCUCCAGCGAAUUUUCAUCCACAGAGCUCUGCCAAAGCAUUCAGGCAUGGCGCGGAGACACGAAACAGGACGUGUGGCAGGGAGAAAAAGCCAACAAAUCAAUUCAACAAUGCGGAAUCGAUGUAUCCUUAUGUGAAGAGGCAUUCUUCAGAUUCGCGGUUCCUACCAAACUCACCCCCGACUGGCUCAACUCAUUAACAGGCAGCCUGCCAGGGAAGAACGUCUCUGCGGAAGCCUUAGAAAAGAUUAAACAAAGGCACAGCCCGCAGGAACAGACUUUUCAGCUCCUGAAGUUAUGGAAGCAGCAGAACAAAGACCACAGUAUGGUCAUGAAAAUUACACAAGAUAUUGAUCUCUGUGAGAACAGCGUCUCCAAACAGAUUGGCCAUCUCAAUAUCACUGCGGAGCAGCUCAACAUGCUAAUGGAAAAUUUACCAGGGGAUAAAGUUGGUAAAGAGGAAACUGAGCGUAUUAUGAAAGUGUGCCAAUCCACAGAACAGAUUCCCAAACUUCUCAGCUUGUGGAGAAUAAAAAACCGGGACCAAGACUCCAUUAAAGGUCUGAUGUAUGGAGUGAAGCACUUGAAAGCGUAUCACUUCCCCAAGACAACAAUUCAAGGUCUCCGGAAGGUGGUGAAGUCCCUCCGCAGCACCACCAUGCAAAAAUUAUACCAAAAGCUAUUCUCAGAAAUGCUGGGAAACCAAGCCCAUUUGGUGAAAGGGAAAUUGGUGUAGUUUCCCCCAGUCUUCUUUCACCCUUCACUUGCUGCUAGUAGUAAUAAUUCAGUCCGGGGGUGGGGGACGUGUUUUGCUGUAUUAAGCUUAUUUAUAUGUUUACUGGGGUGGCUGAGAGCCACCCUGGACCUUUUGGAUCAGUAUUGUUAUAACACUAAAAUCCUGUUCUGGAAUCCUUGUACAGCCAAAAGUCCCAGUGAAUUCAGUGGGUGUGCAAAUAAAGACAAA